GAUGGAUUCCUCUUCAUCGUCGCUAGAGAGUUGCCCGAGCUUCUCCCCUUCCUCUCCGGAGUACUCCGAUUUGACGCCGCGCGGAUCGGGAGCGGGCAUUGGUGGAUGGGUAAACGAUAGGCUUGGAAGGAGAAGUGCACUUGUGGUGGCUGAUUUCCUCUUCUUCGUCGGAGCUGUGAUCAUGGCUGCCUCCCCUGGACCAGCUGCGCUCAUCACAGGGAGGGCUUUUGUGGGUCUUGGAGUUGGAAUGGCCUCAAUGACCUCCCCUCUCUACAUCUCGGAGGCAUCUCCGGCGAAAAUUAGAGGUGCCCUUGUCAGUACAAAUAACCUCCUCAUCACUUUUGGCCAGUUCCUUUCCUACCUCCUCAACUUGGCCUUCACCAAGGUUCCAGGGACGUGGAGAUGGAUGCUGGGAGCUGCAGGACUUCCUGCUUUACUGCAGUUCUUGCUAAUCAUCUUUCUUCCGGAAUCUCCUCGGUGGUUGUUCCGCAAGGUUCCCGCCUCGACCUUGGAUUCCGGAUUCUCGGAUUUGACGAGGUGGAGCGCUCGGGAGAUUGCAGAGGAGGAAGGGGAAGCGGCAGCAGCCGAUCCGCGCGGCGUCGAAUCGGAGUACUCCAGAGAGGAAGGGGAGAAGCUCGGGCAACUCUCUAGCGACGAUGAAGAGGAAUCCAUCGCUGCCGCUUAGAGUUGAGCAGUUGCGGCGGCCGGAAAGAGAGGCGGAGGAGGGCGUGUGGUGGGGAAGGUGUUAGAGCG